UUGUAGGGAGAUGAAAGGGACACUUUAAUGGGUUAAAAUAAUAGAUGCUGGAAACCAGAACGCCUGGGUUCGCUCAGCGUGCCUCCCCAAGGUUGCCGCGCAGAUUAGUUGCCCCUUAACACGGUUUAACCGCAGUCAAGACAGGAGGUUACGGGCGGCGUGGAUUUCUCUCGCGUUCGACAGCCGUUCGCUUAUGCGAAUCCUAAUUCACGUUGCGGUUUGAGUUCAAGACCAGGAGUUUAUGCAACUAGAGAGAGAGGUUCUUGAGGACACAAACCACAUCACCCAGGAUAGACUAAAGAGGAUUUGGGGACCCCCAGGGAGUGUGGAGGCCCUGGACUUCAGCCCUGGAGUCCAGGGUUUUCAGAAUUGUGCAGUGGGAUUAGAUCUUCCCUGCCAGUCCAAGCCAUGUCUGCUCUCACGCGGGUGAAUGUCCUCUUCCGCCAACAUUUUUGGACAGUACUGGACCCUCCCAUCCGCACUUUCCAUGCCUCCUGCACUGUGUUUGCUGGACACAACAAAUGGUCCAAGGUCAAAAAUGUCAAGGGACCCAAAGAUACUGCACGGAGCCAACUCUUCCAAAAGUUUACCAUGAUGAUCCGAGUGGCUGUAAGAGAAGGAGGCCCUAACCCAGAGCUGAACACUAACUUGGCCAACAUCAUUGAGCAGUGCCGAAGCAAAAGCAUGCCAAAGUCCUCCAUUGAAGCAGCUAUCACUGGUGGGGAAAAAAUUAAAUCCUCAUACUUGCUCUAUGAAGCACUUGGUCCUGGUCGCUCUGCCCUGCUUAUUGAAAUACUGACCGACAACGCUAAGAGAUCUUCCCAACAAAUCCGCUAUAUUAUGAACCGAAACGGGGGACUCAUUGCCGAGGGGGCUCGGCAUAGUUUUGCGAAGAAGGGUGUUAUUACAGUAAGCAGUGAGGACCAGUCUGGCAACCUAGUCACCUUGGACCGUGCACUUGAGUUGGCUAUUGAAGCAGGAGCUGAAGAUGUCCAGGAGGAGGAAGAUGAGGAUGAGAAGAUUAUACUGAAGUUCAUCUGUGCUCUGCCCACCUUGCAGCAGGUCCGCAAAACGCUAGACUCCCUGGGCUUCUGCUCACUCUCUGCUGGUUUUGAGUUCAUCCCAACCAUCACCGCUCAGCUGUCAGACGAGGAGAUGGACCAAGCGUCAAAGCUGCUAGAGGCACUCCAGGACUGUCCGGAUGUCGUCCGAGUGUAUGACAACAUUGCUUAGAACAUUAUGGAUGACACUCUCUCCUCCGAUUGAGUGGGAGCUGCCAAAGAUGUAAAACUGAGCCCUGGUGUGCUUUUGGUUUGCCCUUCUGCAAAAGCUCAGACUUGGGGUGCUGCUUCUGUCAAAACUGGCAGCUGUGGUCAAGGGUGACGACGUUUGUGUGGUGUCCCCCUUGGCCUACUCUCACAGUCACUGUUCCUAACCUAGACCCAGAGCGCAUACUGAAUCGGAGGUUGCAUCAAGCACUGGGAGAUGCUGGAAGGUCAUUCUAGCAACAGCCCUGUUCCAUACACUGCUUCCGUUGCAAAGGUUGAGGGGGUUGCCACAAAGGCCAUGCCUUGACGAGACUGUCGUGCUUGGUUUUUUUGCUGGAGUGCCUGCACUACAGCAUCACACACCUUCCUCCAGUCUUCCUAAUGGCCUCGCAUCAUCCCAGGAACAGCAAAUGAAGGACAAGUAUUCCUGAGCCAACAGUGGUGCAGUUCUUGAUUGGCUCCCUGUCCUGUUUGACUUGAUACUCAAAAGUAGCAACUAGGCCAUUGGCUUUUUAAGAGUUUCAAAUAUUGUUUCCGAGUGCGUGACUGCUUGGUAACCUUGCAAGCACACCACCUCUUGAUAACGUUAAGUCUGUGUGGUAAGACUGCCAUGGAAGUUGUCACGCAUGCAUGCAUUUUAUGUGAGGGGACGUGGAGGAAGUUGUUUGGACAUUCACUGCAUUCUGAGGUAUUUGUUAGGAUAGUGAAUGUGGGUGGAAAGCACUUCCAUGAGACUUAAUGUGGUGGUCUGUGAGUGCUUGCUGACUGAGGUGAAAUAAAGCUUGUGCUUCAAGAUUACAA